AUUUCUAAAGGGGGGUGCAAUCUAUGUAUCGGGUCCUUUGCUUACAGUGGUCUGUCGUCGUUGACCCCAUUCCGUAACGCGCCAUGGCUCCAACCUGCCUUCACCUAACAUCCUCCCUUCUAUUUCUCACCGCCGUGAUCUGCUUCAAUCUCUUCUCCGUCGAUGCAAAACAUCAUCACCGAGGGCCAAUGCUCCUCCCUCUACAACUAUCCUCACGCAAUCAUUCACAGCAAAGGCACUUGGACAACAUCCGCCGUCUCCUGCAAUCGGGACUCUCUCCUUCAACUCCAAACGCUCGCAUGAGACUCUACGAUGAUCUCCUCUCCAACGGUUAUUAUACUACUCGAUUAUGGAUAGGAACGCCUCCUCAGGAAUUCGCUCUUAUCGUCGACACCGGUAGUACUGUAACUUACGUUCCUUGCUCCAGUUGUGCACAUUGCGGCAAGCAUCAGGAUCCAAGGUUCCAACCGGAUUUGUCUAGCACUUAUCAACCUGUAAAAUGCAAUCCGAGUUGUAAUUGUGAUGAUGAGCAGAAGCAAUGCACUUAUGAUAGACGUUAUGCUGAGAUGAGUUCCAGCAGCGGCGUGCUUGGGGAGGAUGUUAUUUCUUUUGGGAAUGAAAGUGAACUUGUUCCACAGCGUGCUGUUUUUGGUUGUGAAAAUAGGGAAACGGGUGACCUUUACAGCCAAAGGGCUGAUGGUAUAAUGGGUUUGGGUCGGGGGCUGCUUAGUAUCAUGGAUCAACUUGUUGACAAGAAUGUUAUUGGUGAUUCAUUUUCUUUGUGUUACGGUGGGAUGGAUGUUGGCGGAGGUGCAAUGGUUCUUGGAAAUAUCACUCCUCCCCCUCAAAUGGUGUUCUCCCAUUCAGACCCUUUCCGCAGCCCUUACUAUAACAUUGAGCUAAAGGAAAUGCAUGUUGCUGGAAAGCCAUUGAAGUUACCAGCUGGGGUCUUUGAUGGAAGGCAUGGAACAGUCUUGGACAGUGGCACAACAUAUGCUUACUUACCGGAAGAUGCUUUUGUUGCAUUUCGAUCUGCUAUCCUAAGAGAAGUUCAUUUCCUCAAAAGGGUUCAUGGUCCUGACCCUAAUUUUGAUGACAUAUGUAUUUCCGGUGCUGGAAGGGAUGUUUCAAACCUAUCAAAAGUUUUCCCAGAGGUUGAGAUGGUAUUUAACAAUGGAAAUAAGUUAUUACUGUCUCCAGAAAACUACCUGUUCCGGCACACAAAGCUUAGUGGUGCAUAUUGCUUGGGAAUUUUCCCAAAUACAGAAUCGACCACUCUUUUAGGAGGAAUUGUUGUUCGGAACACCUUAGUGACCUAUGAUCGGAGUAAUGACAGGAUAGGCUUUUUGAAAACUAAUUGUUCUGAACUGUGGAGGAGAGUGCAGUCAUCGGGUGCACCUGCACCAGCUCCUUUAGUCUCCCAAAGCAAUGAUACUAACAGGGAAAUUACUCCAACACCAACCCCAAGUGGAUCGCCACCAAAUGUUCUUCCAGGUUCAUUUCAUGUUGGAUUUAUAACAUUUGAUAUGUCAAUUAGCACUAAUGAUUCCAAAUCGAAGCUCAACUUCAAGGAGCUUGGAGAAUUGAUUUCCAAGGAACUGGAAGUUGAUAAGUCACAGGUUCGGCUGCUGAAUGUCACUUCCAAGGGUAAUGAAUACCUUGUUAGAUGGGGCAUUUUUCCUUCUUCAUCUGCUAAUUAUAUUUCUAAUUCCACUGCAUUGAGCAUCAUCCUGCGCUUAAGGGAUCACCGUAUGCAGUUUCCUGAAAGAAUUAGGAAUUAUAAAUUGGUUGAAUGGAAUGCUGAACCUCAAAGGAAGUCGUCAUGGUGGGGACAUCACUAUCUAGCUGUGGUACUCGGAUUUAUAGCAACUCUUAGUUUGUCAGCUAUUGGGAUAUGGUUGGUUCUUCGAUUCAGACAGCAAUCAAUCACAGCUUAUGAGCCGGUUGCUUCUCCUGUUCCGGAGCAAGAGCUUCAGCCUCUUCAAUCUUAACUCAGAAACAUUUGCUACAAAUUUUUCUUGUAUACUAUAUCUUUGCAUAGAGAAUGCAUGCAUUUGGAGUUACUCAGAACGAGAAUGAUGGUCCAUUCCAGCCAGAUCGAGACAAGGUGAUGAAAUAUUUUAACCCCUGUUGUAAAAUGCUUUUUAUCUUCUUUUUUUAGAGGUGAAAAAAGGAAUAUAUGAUUUGACAAGAUGAUAAUAUAUGUAUUCUUUUCACUGUGAUGCAUGUCAAUAUGUGCAAUAAAUAUUUCACAUUGAGUAAUACAAGAUCAAUUAUUCUCUUUU